CCUGAUCUCCUCCUCACUCUCUCUCGCCGUUGACUGCGUGCCGCCCCGCCCGGUGGGGGCGCGCACCCUGAGCCACACCAGCGAAGCCUCCCCAAUUUGGGCGCUUUUUGGCGGUUUUCUGGCAACUUCUCGGGCAAUUUCUCCAACAUUUCCCGGCCUCAGGGGCGCCCCGUGCCGCCCCAGGAGCGCCUGACUUGACGCACGGGGCUCUCAAAUUGCUUAUCCCAAUUACCGGCAGAUAUCAACAAUUCAUCAGCAGCAGAUUUCUUGCACCGCAAAAGCCCGCAAAUUCCAAAAACCAAUUUUCCACCUCGACUGAGGGCGUAAUCCCUCAAUUGUGGGGGCUGUGCUUGAGACUCAGAGUGUGGUUGGUGAGCAAGUGCGCGCGAAAAUUGAGUGUUUGUGCACAGAGAGACAAGGAAUUAACAGCCAAAAGAGGAUUAAUAAUCUUGGGGAGUAAAAUUCCGCGUGCAGGAAAGUUAAUCAUCUUGAGGAACACUUGCUGAGGACGGAGAAGAAUUCAGCGAAGAUGGCAGAGGACGAGGUGCUUUUCGACGAAGUUUACGAGCUCUGUGAGAUUAUUGGCAAAGGUCCAUUUUCCAUCGUGCGGCGAUGUAUUCAUCGAGAAUCAAAUCAACAAUUCGCAGUGAAAAUCGUCGAUGUGGCAAAAUUCACAGCAAGUCCGGGAUUAAGCACAGCUGAUCUGAAGCGAGAAGCAACGAUUUGCCACAUGCUAAAGCAUCCACAUAUUGUUGAAUUACUGGAAACAUACAGCUCCGAAGGAAUGCUCUACAUGGUCUUUGAGUUCAUGGAGGGCUCGGACAUAUGCUUUGAGGUGGUGCGACGCGCAGUGGCGGGAUUUGUCUACAGCGAAGCCGUGGCAUGUCACUACAUGAGGCAAAUACUGGAGGCGCUGCGCUAUUGUCAUGAGAAUGACAUUCUUCAUCGCGAUGUGAGGCCAGCGUGCGCCCUGUUGGCCACUGUGGACAAUUCAGCACCCGUGAAAUUGGGUGGCUUCGGCACGGCCGUGCAAUUGCCCAAUGGGAGGGAAUUUGUUGAAACACGCGAAAGGAUACAAGUGCAUCGUUCAAAUUUGAGUCCUAGAGGGAAACUUUAUUUGAAGUCAGAUGGUGAGGGACGUGUCGGCAGUCCGCACUAUAUGGCGCCGGAAGUGGUGACGAGGCGCACAUACGGGAAGGCGUGCGAUGUGUGGGGCGCUGGCGUGAUGCUGCACGUGUUGCUGUCGGGACGACUUCCGUUCCUGGGCUCUGGAAAGAGGAUCCAAGACAUCGUCUCACGUGGGCGAAUGACGGUUGGUGUACUUAACUAUGUACAAUUGGACGCUCCGGAAUGGAAGCAAAUCUCUGCAACGGCCAAAGAUUUAGUGAUGAAAAUGCUGGCACCGCAUCCUGGAAAUCGACCAUCAAUAGCAGAAAUACUGGAGCAUCCGUGGAUAAGGGACCGUGAUAAGCUCCAGCGACAGCAUUUGGCCGACACUGUGGAGGAGUUGAAGCGCUUCAAUGCACGUCGCAAGUUGAAAGGUGCUGUUCAGGCUGUCGCCGGCGGCAUCGCCAUGGAUCCACUUUGUGGCGCUGACGCCGAUUCAAUGGCUGUUGGGACGGCGUCGGAGUCACUGAACGAGUGGGCAGACGAGGAGGCGGGAUUGGAGGCUGUGCAAAAAGUGUUGGAUUCCUUAGACGACAUUCAUGCCGUGCAAGAUCCAUUCGUCGAUCCGGAUGUGCUGCGAGACAUUUUACGAGACACUCGACUUCACACUCUGUUGCAGCUGUACGAUCGCAUCAGUUGCAACGUAAUGUCGCCAUCACGUGCGCCGCCGGGAGAUGGAGUGGCGCGAUGUCGAGAUGCCGUCGAGGCGAUUUCCCUGGCACAUGGACACAAAUUCAGCCGUGAAAAGGCUGAAAUGCUGCAGUUGCUCUCACUUCCACAUAUUCAGGCUCUUUUGCAUACUCAUGACGUAGUAGCAAGAGAAGUAUACGGCGAAGAGGCUCUUCGUGUCACACCGCCCCCAAUUGCUCCCUAUCUCAACGGCGAUGAUAUCGAUAAUGUGGAUAAUGGCGACCUGCAGCAUGUGACGCGCGUUCGACUGGUCCAGUUUCAGAAGAAUACCGACGAACCAAUGGGUAUAACGCUGAAGAUGACAGAAGAUGGUCGAUGCAUUGUGGCGCGCAUUAUGCAUGGCGGAAUGAUACAUCGACAGGCGACUCUCCACGUUGGCGAUGAGAUCAGGGAGAUCAAUGGGCAGCCGGUGCAGAAUCAAACAGUUAGUCAACUGCAAAGAAUGUUGCGCGAUGCUCGUGGCUCUGUUACCUUUAAGAUAGUUCCUUCAUAUAGAAGUGCCCCGCCACCUUGCGAGCUUCCCUAUGCUGAAACACAGCUAUUCAGGAUUAGACCGGCACCAGUUCUUAUAUUCGUACGUGCCCAGUUCGACUAUGAUCCAUUGGAUGAUGAGUUGAUUCCUUGUGCUCAGGCCGGAAUAGCAUUCCGCACUGGUGACAUAUUGCAAAUAAUCAGCAAGGAUGAUCAUCACUGGUGGCAGGCGCGACAUGAUGCGGCCGGCGGCUCGGCCGGUCUGAUUCCGUCUCCAGAGCUUCAGGAGUGGCGAAUUGCUUGUCAGGCUGUGGACAAAACUAAACAGGAACAAGGAGAAUCUGGUCCUGGGUGUUCAGCACAUGCCGAAGGAUGUGAUGGAUCGACAGUUAAUUGCUCAAUAUUUGGUCGGAAGAAGAAGCAGUGCAGAGACAAAUAUCUUGCAAAACACAACGCUGUGUUCGAUCAAUUAGAUUUGGUCACAUACGAAGAAGUGGUUAAAGUACCCCUUGGCGAUCCCGCAUUUCAGAGGAAAACGUUGGUGCUCCUAGGCGCUCAUGGUGUUGGACGUCGUCAUAUCAAAAAUACACUUAUAGCAAAAUAUCCAGACAAGUACGCGUAUCCUAUACCACAUACAACGAGGCCACCGCGGCCGGAUGAGGAGAAUGGCCGAAGCUAUUAUUUUGUGUCCCAUGACGAAAUGAUGCAGGAUAUCGCUGCGAAUGAGUAUUUGGAGUAUGGCACACAUGAGGAUGCAAUGUAUGGGACAAAGCUGGAGACAAUUCGUCGUAUUCAUGCUGAAGGGAAAAUGGCUAUUUUGGAUGUUGAGCCUCAGGCACUGAAAAUUCUACGCACAGCUGAAUUUACACCCUAUGUGGUCUUCAUUGCGGCACCAUCGCUACAAAACAUAGCUGAUUACGACGGCAGCCUGGAGCGCCUAGCUAAAGAAUCUGAUAUGCUGCGUCAAGCGUAUGGGCACUUCUUUGAUUUAACUAUAGUUAACAAUGAUAUUGGAGAUACAAUAGCGGCACUGGAGAAUGCCAUCGAUAAGGUACAUUCCACUGCCCAGUGGAUUCCAGUUGGUUGGCUCUAUUGACAAGACAGCGAACUUGAGUGUCCUGAAUGCCUCGAGGGAUGCGACGAGUGCGACUGCGGACUCGACGAGUUUGACCUCAAGUGAACACACCGAUAUUCAGUCGACAGAUUUGAGGGCAUUGCGAACAGGUCACUAAAGGUAUUAAAAAUCAAAAUUUUAUCCCAACCCAAUUAGUUCGCUCUUCCCAAAUCUCUAUUCAGUGGGAUUUUUGUCAAUUUGCAAGUCGACGGGUGAAUCGAAAACUGUGAAAAGGCAAUUCAAUGUAAACUUUGAAAAGUCGACUAUUCAUUGUUUAUGUCGUAGAUUUUUUUUUUAAGAAAAUUGUCUCAAACUGUAGUGAAACGUAUAAAAAGCCUCUUUGAAAAGUAAUUAUAAAUUAUCAGAAUUACCCUUAAAGUCUCCCACUUUUUCACCCACUUUUUCAGUAUAAAAAGUUGAUUUUUAGAACGUUUUUUGAAUAAAAUGUACCCAAAGACUAUUAAAAAUUGACUUUGGAAAGCAAUAUUUUAAGUCUUUCUAUUAAUUUUGCCAUAUUUCUGUCAAAAUUUACAAUAAAUACUAGUAAAAUUUAUUUAAAUAAUAAUAAUUAUUAUCAAAUUCGGCAAAUGACGAUUUUGACUUUUUGUACUUCUCGAUUCACCCGUUGAAGUUCUUUUUCACUGAGUUAUUUGAGUUAAUUUGCAAUAAGAAGGAAAGAAAAGCGUGAAUUCUGUGGGGAAAUUGUGAAUUUUCUCAUGGAUUUUUUUCUCUCUUAUUUGCUUGCCAUUUCGAGAGUGUUUUUGAACUCUUUAAAACAAUUUAUCACAAUAUUUUAUUCCUAAAACAUUUGACAGAUCUUUCAGUCAAUCUUUGUUGUCUAGUUUAUUAUUUAAUUUUUAACACUUUUGUCCCUAUUAUUUUUCUUGUACACUGUUAGGGAAUAUUUUAAUAAAUCAAAUAUAUUUUUAUGAAUUGCAUUUAUUGUAGACAAAAAGAAGGUUAUGUAAAUGAUAGUGAAUAAACUGUAGAGAAAAACCCACUAAGAAAGAAAGAACACAACACACUAUACAUUACAUUUAAAAUGUUCUAUAUUGAGUAAAAGAAAGAAGAAAAAAAGAAAAGAGAAAAUUGUUCUAAAGUAACUAUUCUUGUCACCCACAAAGUGACAAUAAAUAGAAGUGAAACAUAGAAUUUAAAGAGUGGAAGAAAGUUAUACAAAGGAAUAUGCUUUAUCUUGUAUUUAAGAAUAAUUAAAAAGAAAAAACAAAAAGAAAACAUAAUGUUUUAUUGUGAAAAAGUAAAAAAAAAAAUGAACAUUUUGAAUUUUUGCUUCAACUCUUUUUCUAUUUAAUUCACAAAAAAAUUUACUUGAUAAUAUUUAUCUCGAUAAAAAUGAGGAAGAAAAAAAAUUAGAUGAAGAGUGUGGAAAUUGAAUAAGAACACAAGAAACUAUAUUUCACUCAUAAGUUUACAAUGAAGCAUUAUUAAAGUGGUGAAGAAAAAGGACGCAAUGGAAAGAAGUGAAUGAAAGAAAGCCAAGUAAACUAAAUAAAACAACACAGAAACCAUCUGCAAAAUUUAACCUGAUCGAAUAUCGCAGUAUUAUACGUAAAAGUGAUAAAGUAAUAAAAAUGCAACAGAGAAAUUGAUGCCCAAUAUUAAUUUGACGAAUAAAAAGGAGAAAAAGCCCGAGAAUAGCGAAGAAAUUAACAAUGUUGAGUGUCACUUUUUGUUAUGGUCAAGAAUUAAAGCGAGAGAAGAAGAAAAAAAACACAGUGAGAAGGAAACAAGUCAAGAUUUGAGAAAAUGGGAAAACAAGAAAAAAAAUAAUAAGAACGUAGUUAGUGCGAUAUUCCAGUAAAAUGAAAUGUUAACAUAAAUUUUAAAUAAAAAAAAAUGUAAUAAUAAAGAUUAAGAUAAUAAAGAAGAAAAAAAAAAUCGAUGAACUGUUAAAAAUAUAUUUUAAAUGAAGAGUACUAAUUAUACAUUUAAGUAAAAAAAAAACAGAGAUAAGCAAAAGAAAGGAAGAAAUAAAGCAUAGGAAGUUCCAUUGAAAAAGGAAGGAAGAAAAUAUUCGAUAUAAAUAUUGCAUUUGAAUAUUUAGCAUAUUUAAAAGACCCAAAAAAAAAACAUUUUUAAACUAUUAAUUAAGCGUGAGACUUUUUGCGUGGAGACUUUUUCAUUUCACACCAAAAAAAAAUGAAAGAAAAUAUUUCUUGUUAUGCGUAAAACAAAAAAUAUUAGAAUAUUUAAAUUAUUUAACUCUUGUCAUUGAUUAAACAACAAAAUUUAGGCGAAUCUCCUCAGCAAACAGAGGACAAAUUGGAUCAAUUUUGACCCGAUUUUAAUUGAAGACAAGACAAGAAGUUUACGAUUAUAUGAAAAUGAUUAACACAAGAAAAAAAACCAGAGUGUCAAAGUAUUUAUAUCAUGGCAUUCUCCCUUAUAUAAACUGAGCAGUAGUUGAGGAAGAAAUUUACAAGAAGAAUAUAUAAAGUAAGAAUGAUGGUAAGAAGCCAAUUACAAGAAUUUAAGAACAUAAGAAUAACACCAUUAAUGAGAAAUGCAAGGAUUUUUUUUAGUCUUACGUUCUUCCAUUAAAUUACUUUUCGUUCCUCUCUGAAGAUUAAGAAAAAAAAAUACAGCGUAAUAGGAAAAAUCAUUUAAUCACGAGAAAGAAAGGAAAAACCAUCACACAAAUUAAAGAAUUUAUAAUUAGGUAAAAUAUACUUGAAGAUGAAGAAGUUAAAAUCAUUAAUAGCGGAUGAAGUAAUUCUACUUAAAAUGUCAUACAUUAUAACAAAUUGUGGUUUCAACUUUGCUGAAAAAAAACAUAUGUUAUUCGAUACAAAGAAAGAUGCGAAAAUACAGAAAAAAAACAAACAAUAAAAACGAAUUAUUGAAGUUCAAAUUGAAACAAGCAAAGCACUUUACAUGAAAAAAAAGCCCGUGGAAAAAUUGCUGGAAGAAUUAUUUAGAUAUCUUCACAUUAUAGUGCACUCUAUAUACUCUAAACCAUUAGAAAAAAAAGAAACAAAAAUCCAUAACUUAACACAAUGAAACUCUAAGGAGGAAAAGGAAAAGCAUUAUGAAUUAUAUUUAUUGUGUGUGUUUUUCGCCAAAUUGUGGGCGCAGAAGAGGAAAAACAGCAACUAUUUCGCAAUUUUGGACGGUCAAACCAUUUAUUAGUGAACAAAUAAAAGAAGAAAAAGAAUAUUUAACGCACAGGAAUAAAGAAAAAUGUUUUAAAAAAUUAAAUAGGUAAAAAAAUACUCGUUGAGAACGAAUAAUUAAUCUCCCAAAAUGAAAAAAACUAUACUUAAAGGAAAAAUUGAGUGAGAAAACUUUUUCUAACUUCACAAAAACCCUUGUUGAUUGUUGGAAUUUUUCAUUUCACAAAAAAAAAUUUCUUUCCAUAACGUAGAAAAUGUGCAAUUUUUUCGGGUAAUUUAUAAAAGAAAAAACAAA